CGUCGCCAGUCAAUUGUUGACGCGACGCGCCGCCGACGUUUGUCGUGUCCGUUAAACGCGUACCGAUGCCGAAAAUGCGGUCCGGUUCAUUAUCAAUAAUUAUCACACAAUGUGCGCAAUAGGAGUACGUCUUUUCGACCAUGAUUUUUUAUUGUUUGAAUAUUUUGUUUUAACCAAUGCGUGGUGAUUUUCACGCUCGUGAAUGUUUUUACAUUUAUACGUUGUACGCCGCCGUUGUAUCGUAUUUGCUUGUUUUUUUAAAUACGUUUUUUUUUUUUUUUAUUCGGUUACAUUUUUUUUUUUUUAAAUUUAACGUGCGCACGUUGUCGUAUCGAAACAACAUAACCGCCGUUGUAAAACCUAUUAAGUGUUCGUCGUGUUUCGGUGCGAAGUAUUUGUUGUCUCCGUAUUCUCGUGCGAGUGACGGUUAUGCGCUACGACCAACUAUGAGUUCGCCAAAGCCGUCUGACAGGAAAUCGGGUAGGAAACAGUCGUUUUCGCACCAGCGCUCGUCCAACGAGGACAUCUACCAGCAGGACGAGUAUGAUACUCCGAAUCAAAUACUUGAUCGCGUGAAAUGUGACCACGUAACUGUAACAAAACCAGAAGAAGAUCGGCGAAGAAGAACCAUAAUUGUUGAAAAAAAAAAUGGAAGUUACGGCUUUAUGCUUCAGAGUUAUGGUAUUCAUUAUAAAAAAGAGCAAGAGAUUGAAAUGAUAACAUAUGUAGACCAUGUCGAUUAUGAUGGACCAGCAUAUAGAGCCGGAAUGAGAGAAGGCGAUGUAAUAUUGUCGAUAAAUGGCGUUGACAUGGAAAAGGCUGACCAUAAAGCAUUAGUUAAUUUUAUAAAAAGCUGUGAUUCACGAAUGAGAAUGGUAGUAUUAUUCGAAGACUGUGUGCGAAAAGUCGACUUACAUAUGAGAUAUAUUCAGCUACAACGUACUCUUCAAGCCAAAGUCGAAGAACUUGAAAAAGUCGAAAUCAAAGAGAGAGAACUCAUGGAAGGAAAAUGGAAAACACAUAGUUUACCCGCAAGAAAAAAGUCUAGUCAUUCUUCCAAGGACACUGCCAAUCAAAAAAUAUUGACUGAAAACGGUGAAAGUUCUAUGUCUAGACCUACGUUAUCCACUGAAGACGUAGCUAAAGUUCAGCAAAUUUAUGUUCCCAAACAAAACUUCAUGCUGGCAUACCGACCACACCACUUCAUUGACCAGCACGGACGUUCCUAUUACUUACAUCAGCCUACUACUGCCAUAAUCAAUGGAGAUUCAAGUUAUGUCGGUUGGCAUAGCAACAAUCCGAAUUACAACAAAAAGUACGAGCAACAAGAAAACUGGGCUCCACCGGCGGAUCAACCGGUCCAGCAGAGGAGACGAUCGCAUUACGUGGUCGAAGUCAGCCGUCGGUGCAGCACAUCGUCGGACGGGCCGAAUCGUUCGCAGCAGCAGCAGCAGCCAACUGCGCAGCACUGCAAACAGCACAACUUCACGUGCAGAGCGUCGCAGAGGUCUUCAUCACAAGGCGAUAAUUGUCCGCGAUGGGGUUGCAUACGCACCGGUGGCGGCGCUUCAGGUCGUCGGCGGAACUGCGGCGACGAAGCGGACGUCGACGACGACGACGACGACGACGACGACGACAACGGGGGCGGCGUCGACGACGACGAGAUCAGCCUGGAGGCGUACGAUCUGGCCGCGAACGGCGGCGCGGCUUGUUGCCCGGGCUCGCAGUGCGUUCCCACCAGGAGACACCGGCGGCGUAGGCGCAAGUCGACACACGGCGGCUGCGUCGGCGGCGGCCGCGACAAAAGCCCAGAGUGCAAGUCGGAGACCUCGUUUUGCCGGAAGGGACACGAGAAACGGCGUAACUCGUCGCGAAACGACGUGGACGAACAUAAAUCGCAGCAACACGGCGGUGGCCAUGGCCACGGUCACGGUUACGCUAACCUGGUGAAUGACAGGUACGCGUCAGACGAGCGGAUAUGCCAGAGUACGUCGACCGGCAUCUGUGACGGCAGGCCCCAGAACAGCCUGACCGAAAACAGCCCGGCGUCGUAUACGACGUCGCUGAGUACGGACACGUUGUACUGGGACGAGGACCCGAUGACCGCGGCCAUCGGCUCUCACUCGUCGUCCGUCGCGUCGCGACAACACUCGGUCAAGUCGCAGUCGUCCUCGACGUAUCGGCGCGAGAACUGCGCCGUGAAACCGGUAAAAUCGUGGGACAACCUGACCACCAAGGCAUUCGGCGGUUACGGGUUCGGCUACGAGUACUUGGACCGUGAUCAGAUCGUCAACAACAACAACAACAACAACAAUAAUAACAGUGGAGGUGGUGGACAACAGCAGCACAUGGUAUACCUGCAAUUGAAGAACGUCAAAGGUGGCCAGAAACACAGUCACGGUCACCACCAUCACCAUCAUCAGCACCACAAGAACCAUCAUCACCAUCACCACCAUCAUCACAACGGCGGCGGCCGGAUGCGACACCCGACCAAGUCCACGGAAGCGCUACUUUCGCUUCCUCCGCAGUAUCCAAUAGCGGCCGUCGAGUCGUCGGCCAGCUGCGAAUACUUGGACUCGUGUUCGUCAUCGGCCGGCGGCCGUUACUUCAGUUACAUCAAGAACGACAAAGCGAGUCAGACGGAUUGCCGAAGGUACGCGGCCGCUGCGGCACAUCUGCAACCAGAAGUGACGAGACUGUGAUGGGUGUCUCUCGAAUUGUCACUUUUACUUCGUCCUGUUUUACCCGCACACUAAUUAGGUUUCUAUAUUUAUUCGCGGCGAAAACAAAACAAUGUAAUCUCUACCUGUAAUAACAUUUUUAGUAAAAACGCGCAUGUUGCAAAAUAGUUUUUUUUUAUGUAUACAUCAUAUAAUAAUAUCGUAAUCUCUUCGUAUUUAUCUCUAGUCAAUAUACAUAUGCGUUAUAAAAUAAAAAUCCCCGUGUAUCAAACAUCAUGUCUGAUUUACGACUAUUAUUAUUUUAUUAUUAUUACUAUUAUUAUUAUUGAUUAUUAUUAUUAUUGUUCUGAUACCAUAUAUAUUUAUAUCCUGCGUUGUAUACGUUAUCAAAUAUCGCAGUGGAUCGAACAGUGAGGGGUUUCAAAUGUCUAUACGUUAUAGAAUAUUUACGACGACGUUAUAUUUCCGUCGGAUAUUUAGGCACGUGUAGGUACGGGCGGCCGAUGAAAUAAUUUGUUGUUUCGUUUAGUGCUGCAUAGUAUUACGUUUUUUCUCGACGGGUUUUCUCUGCUUAUUCACGGCCUCUGGUAGAGGCUUAAAUUAUUUCAAACAGUUUUUCGUUUGAAAUAAUUUAAAUCUCAUUCACGGCAGACACAGCAGAACCUAAUUUUAAUUCCGAAAGACUGCUGAAAUAAUAUUAUGCUACCCGAAGAGUUUACCGUAUUUAUGCGUCCAUGGUUAUUUUUAAAAUCUCUUUUAGGGGAAAAGGGUGAACUCCUUACUGCCCAAUCGUACUGCUUUAUUUGAUUUAUUUUUUAUUCGCGUGUGAACGUAUUUUAGUCAUUGCUUUUAUAUAAACAUAAACAUUUGUUUUUAUUAUCAUAAUUUAUAAACCGCUCGUGUGUAUUGAUAUUUAUUUAA